AUGGAGACUGUGGGCAAAUUCGAGUUCAGCCGAAAGGACUUGGUUGGACAUGGCGCAUUUGCUGUGGUGUUCAAAGGCAGAAAUAAGGAGAAACACGACUGGGAAGUGGCAGUGAAAUGUAUCAACAAAAAGAACUUGGCCAAAUCCCAGACUCUGUUGGGGAAAGAGAUCAAAAUUCUCAAAGAACUCAAACAUGAAAACAUUGUUGCCCUACUGGACUUUCAGGAAACCGCCAGCUCAGUGUACCUGGUGAUGGAGUACUGUAAUGGUGGGGACCUUGCUGAAUACUUGCACUCUAAAGGCACCCUGAGCGAGGACACCAUUCGGGUGUUUCUGCAGCAGAUCGCAGGAGCCAUGAGAGUGCUCCAGGCCAAAGGAAUCAUCCACCGAGACCUCAAGCCACAGAACAUCCUACUGUCCUACCCACCAGGGCGCAAGUCGCACUCCAACAACACCUGCAUCAAGAUUGCGGACUUUGGCUUUGCCCGAUAUCUUCAAAACAACAUGAUGGCAGCAACAUUGUGUGGCUCUCCCAUGUACAUGGCUCCAGAGGUGAUCAUGUCCCAUAGCUACGACGCCAAGGCCGAUCUGUGGAGCAUCGGGACCAUAGUGUUUCAGUGUCUGACCGGGAAAGCGCCUUUUCAAGCCAGCAGUCCACAAGACCUUCGGCUGUUCUAUGAAAAAAAUACUCACCUCACUCCCAAUAUCCCUAGAGAGACCUCGUCCCAUCUGAGGCAUCUGCUGCUGGGAUUACUGCAGCGCAACUACAAAGACCGGAUGGAUUACGAGGAGUUCUUCAGUCACCCUUUCCUCGAGGCGAGUUCAUCAAUAAAAAAGACAGCCACGCCCACAGUCACGAUGACCUGCUUCCCCGGUUCUGCCUCUGCCAGCUCCUGUAGCAGCUCCUCCACUUCUCACCUGGCCUCACCUCCGCAGUCCCUGGCUGACGGACAGCAGGUGCGUCCCAAACCGCUGGCCUCUCCCACACAGGAGGCCACCGCACUCCUCAAAGACUCAUCAGGGGGAGCGGCCAGCAGCAAGAACUCCUCCUCCUGCGACACAGACGACUUUGUCAUGGUUCCGGCUCAGUUUAACACAGGUGAGCUCACUUGUGAGAGCAAAGUGCUUCAGGACAGCCUCAUGAACAGCAGCUCCCUCUUGGCUUCAGCUGGUUUGUGUAGUAAAACUCCACCGCACUCACCGGUGUACAGCGGCUCUCCAAGUCUGGUCAGGGCGAGUGACAUCUCCGGGAGUAACUAUGGCAACCACGGCCAUUCUCUGCCCAUUCCAGUCCCCUCUCAGGUCCACAACUACCAGCGCAUUGAACAGAACCUGCAGUCCCCACAGCAGGACCGUUCACCGCGGACGUUGACCCCAGUGCGACGCAGCAGCAGUAACAACUCUUUGGGUGUUCGUCUCGGGCCGUCACCUCCGUACACUCAGGCAGCGCUGCCCACCAACCGCCGCCUCUCCCUGGGUGGUGCCAGGCCCUUCCAGCUCUCUCCACAAGCUGAGCUACGACAAACGACGCAGCCCCAAGCAGGACUAGGGUCGCGACUCCACAGCGCUCCCUGUCUGUUGGAGUGUGGUAAGGCGGGCGGCAGACAGAUAAUCCGUAAACAGCACUCGGAUCCCGUGGCAGUCCCCUCUUCAGGCCUGAUGACUGUGAGACCCCUGCAUUCCUCUCCCAGACUCAGCGAACUCAUGCAGCGCAACCCUCUGCCCACCAUACUCGGCUCACCUUCCAGGGCAAUCCCUCCUUUCGAGUUCCCCAAGCCCACCAGCUCACCAAACCUCAUGACCUUCCUGGCCCAGGGUUUGGUGAUGGGGUCACCCACCAACAGGACUGCCCCUCCAGAGCCACAGCCUGCUCAGUGCAUACACAGAGCUAACGACGCCACAGGCCUUGGAAGGUCUCAAAGUGCUGGCCGACUGUCAGACAUGCUGCUGAUGGCGGCGUUUGGCUCUAAUGCUCCGGUGGCUGAGAGGGGCAGCGCAGAGAACCUGACUUCUGAAAGAGGCAUUGAGAUUAUAGCUCCCCCUAGUGGUGGUUUUACCCCAGGCUCUGGCAGUCCAGCACAGGUGGUCUUUACGGUGGGAUCUCCUCCCACUGGCAGCACCCCUCCUCAGUCAUCUCGGCUGAGAAAAUACUCCGGCUCAUUGACUUCAGUCAGCUCUGGAGGCUCCUUGACCAGCCGCUUUCCUCCGACAGGGACCUACGCAGAAGGCUUUGAGGCUCCCUCCAGCCCCCGCUUCAGCUUCACUGAUCCCAUCUCUGCCAACAUGGGCGGUCCGGUCACGUUUGAGGCGCCUGAACUGCCUGAGGAGACUUUGAUGGAGCAGGAGCACACCGACAUUGUUCAGAGCCUGCGCUUCACUCUGGAUUUUGCGCGUUGUCUUGUGGAGGUGGCUGCGACUCGUGGGAGUGAAGCCAAGUACCCCCCUCUCCAGCAGCAGCAGCAGCAGCAGCAGCCCAGCCUGGUAGCAGAUCAGAUCAGCUCCCUCAGCCGAGAGUGGAGCUAUGCAGAACAGCUGGUUCUUUAUCUGAAGAGUGCAGACCUUUUGUCGGUCGCCUUACACACGGCAAAGGAGCAAGUUAAAGAGGGAAAACUUUACCCUUCCGCAACAGUCAAACAAGUGGUGAAAAAGCUGAAUGAGCUGUACAAGAGCAGUGUAGCAUGCUGCCGCUCCCUGAGCACCCGUCUGGAGCGCUUCUUCUCCAGGAAGCAUCGUCUGAUGGACCAGAUCAGCUCCAUCACCGCAGAGAGGCUGCUCUUCAGCCACACUGUGCAGAUGGUUCAGGCUGCUGCGCUGGAUGAGAUGUUCCACCAGGGGGAGGCCUCCAUCCUACGAUAUCACAAAGCUCUGCUGCUAAUGGAGGGUCUAUCUAUGCUGCUCUCUGAACAGGAGGACAUCCUCAGCGUUAGCAAAUGUAAAGAGUGCAUUGAACGACGCCUCACAGCUCUACAGUCUGGACUCUGUGUUUGA